AUGGCGUGCCCAUUUGCGAAGCACAUUUCGGGCGAACAGUUCCAGCGCCAACCCUCCAUCGCGGAGUCGCACAACUGGAACCUGGACGAGGACCUCAGCGAGAUACCGGGCGAUGCGCUUACGCUCACGCACCUGAACGCCGCCAUACAGCUGCUGACGGCUCCUUCGAUUGACAAUGUCCACGAGGCGCUGAUGUCCCUGAUCGGCAAGUACAGCAACAGGUGGCCUGGUCUGUCAAAGCUGAAAAGCGAACGUUCCGAGCUGUCGAUCUACCCGCACUACGACUACCUCGCGGACAUUCAGGACAACUUGACGCAGAUCGAUGAGUCGGCCGUGUCGGAGAUACUGGUGCACCUGGGCGAGGAGCUCAUCCAGACGGCGUGCGUGGGCGUGAUCGAGCGAGCGUUCAAGUGUCUCGGGUCGGACCUGCAGGAGUUUCUCGGCUCGCUGGACGGCGUGUACGAUGUGCUGAAGCUGCAGGAGGAGGACAUCUCCGACACGGGGUUUGUGUGCGCCGGCGAGGGCGAGCUCAUCUUCACCUCCGAGCGGCCGGUGCUGGCGUGGCUGUUGCUCGGGUGUCUGCGCGCCCUCAGCCGGCUCCUGUUCAGCUGCGAGCCGGAGAUUGAGCUGGAACCGCUGCCGGGCGACACACCGCGCUAUCGCUAUCUGCUGCGCGUCGACGAGCCGGUGGUGGAGGCGGUGGACCGGCGCGGUCCGGCGGACGUCGUGUCGGGUGAUGCGCGCGAUCUGAAGGUGAGCAACCAGUUCUUCUGCGAUGCGUUCCCGUGGCACUUCAUCAUGGACGAGCAGCUGCGGUUGGUGCAGAUGGGGUCGGCCUUCAGCCGGCUGUUCAAGGGACAUGUCGGGGCGAGUACCGCCGGGCUGUGCGCCAGCACCGUGUUCCGCUUCAAGCGGCCGCGCGGCCUGCAGCUGCACUUUCGCGAAAUCGUUCGCCGCACCAACACCCCGUUCAUGAUCUCGCUCCGGGCACCGCCCGGCCGACCCGACUUCUUCGCCAAGGGGCUCGAGAUCAAGGGCCAGAUGGUGUUCUGCCCGGAGUCCAAUGCGCUGCUCUUCGUCGGUUCACCGUUUCUCGAUGGGCUCGAGGGACUCACCUGCAACGGGUUGUUCAUCUCGGACAUUCCGCUGCACGAUGCGACGCGCGAGGUUAUACUGGUGGGGGAGCAGGCCCGCGCCCAGGACGGGUUGCGGCGCCGUAUGGACAAGCUGAAGAGCUCGAUCGAGGAGGCGAACGCGGCCGUCAUCAAGGAGCGGAAGAAGAACGUCAGCCUGCUGCAGCUGAUCUUCCCGGCGGAGAUUGCCGAGCGGCUGUGGCUCGGGGCGCAGAUCGACGCCAAGACGUACCCGGAGGUAACGAUGCUGUUCAGCGACAUCGUCGGCUUUACGAGCAUCUGCUCCCGGGCGACACCGUUCAUGGUCAUCAACAUGCUGGAGAAUCUGUACAAACACUUCGACGAGCUGUGCGGGUUCUUCGACGUGUACAAGGUGGAAACGAUCGGCGAUGCGUACUGUGUGGCGAGCGGACUCCACCGGGCCAGCAUCUACGACGCCCACAAGGUCGCCUGGAUGGCGCUGCGAAUGAUCGAAACCUGCACGCUCUACAACACGCACGACGGUCAACACAUCAAGAUGCGCAUCGGCAUCCACACCGGCACGGUGCUGGCCGGUGUGGUAGGCCGCAAGAUGCCACGGUACUGUCUGUUCGGGCACAACGUCACGAUUGCGAACAAGUUCGAGUCCGGCAGCGAGGCGUGCCGGAUCAACAUCAGCCCGACGACGCGCGAAUGGUUGGUCAAGCAUCCGGACUUUGGCUUUCAGCUAAAUGCGCGCGAUGCGUCCUGCAUGCCGAAGGAGUUCACCGACUCGAAGGGUUUGACGUGCUACUUCCUCGAGGGCUAUAAGCAUCCGACGCUCAGCAACGACCGUCCGCUGCAGGAACACAUCGAGGAGGCGAUGCGACAGACGCAGGAGACGGCUGAAACCAUCACACUCGAAGUUGCCCAGUAG